AUGUUUCCUAACCUAAUGAACUCGAGUACCCUGUACCAAAACAUUCUCCGUUCACCCCACACACAACACACCCACCCAGCUUCACUUGGGGUUGGUUCUGCCUCUUUUCUUAUGGAGAACUUGCUUAGAGAAAGGACAACAAUAAUACCACGCCCACAUCAUCCAUCUUUAUCUCCCAUUGGGCUAGGGUUGAGUGUAGGCGUGGCUUCUGUAUUAACAUCCGGACACAUCUCUCCAAAUUCUGGACAUUCUUCACCCGUUUCUGAACGAUCUCAUGACCCAUCAAAGACAAUGAUGACCAUUUCCUCUUCCUCCUCAACCACAGUAUCCCCUUCAUCGCCAUCACCAUCUGCAACGUAUAAUGUAUCAACAGUGGCCAGCAGUGCUUCUACGACAGCCAGCAACCAUCGACGUGAGUCAGUCACGUUUACGUCACAGCCAACCCCCUUCCUCAAAUUUGGCAUGAACGCUAUCCUGGGGAACGACAGCAACAGAAAGUCUCCACAGAGCGGCAUUGAAAAGACCCCCCCCCCUCCCCCGUACAACAAUAUGUUGGGUAAGCAUGGGGAGGGAGGCGCUCAGCUUCUGUGGAUUAGGGCUGAGUGCUCUCCACUAAUCCCUAUGCCCAACCCCUUCACCUUCUUGAGUAGUAUGCGAGGCAAACCCCGGCGCGGGAUGUUGAGGAGGGCUGUGUUCUCGGAUGCUCAAAGAAAAGGGCUGGAGAAGAUGUUCCAGAGGCAGAAGUAUAUUAGCAAGCCCGACAGAAAGAAGUUGGCCACGAAACUUGGACUGAAAGAUUCACAGGUAAAAAUCUGGUUCCAGAAUCGACGCAUGAAAUGGCGCAAUUCCAAGGAACGAGAACUUCUAUCCACUGGUGGGACAAGAGAGUCCACCUUGCCAAACAAAAGCAACCCUAACCCAGAUCUCAGCGACGUUCGCGAUGCAGACGACACGAAGUCUCAGUCGGGGGAGAACAGCUUUUUUGACAACGAACAAUCCGUGUCCCCAAUGGGAAGUCCGCUCUCCAGCAAGUCCUCCAGUCCUGUACACACGCAUCAGUCCCUGCAACGCCCAGCCGUGCACGCACAGGAUGAUGAUAGUGAUAUUGACUCUGACGAGGAGAUCACAGUGUCGUGA